AUGUUGCUGUCUUUGACUCAGCCAUCCCUAUUAGGGGUACUCCUGUUGCUGUCCAUGUCAAACCUACUCCAGUGGGAGACUGUGACUUCUGCUCCCGUACACGACAAGGCGAGUGACCGUGGUGAGGUGUCCCUCAAGGACCUGUUUGAUCAUGCCAUUGCACUGUCACAGACCACCAACGCUCUCACUAUGGAGAUGCGAAAAUUAUUUUUCUCCGACGGCUUCUCCGCAAAAAUGUUCAAAAAAUUUGUAUUGGAUUUCCUCAAGAAUAAGACGUACAUGAAUGAGACUCUCAACAGCUGUCACACAUUUUCUCUUAAUACUCCAGAAACUGUGGAGGAAGCCCGAGAUAUCUCAUUUGAAAACUUCCUGAAAAUGAUUCUCAGCUUAGUGCAUGCCUGGAAUAAGCCUCUGCAUCACCUAGUGACUCAACUUCGUGAUAUGAAAGGUGCCCCUGAUGCUAUUUUAACAAGAGCCAAAGGCAUUGAGAUCCUAAACAGUGAGCUUCUGGAGAGCAUCAUAAUGAUACUGAGCAAGGUUCAUCCUGGACUGGAGGAAAAUGAGACGUACCCUGACUGGAAGGAUCUAGAUUCCUUACGGGCAGCUGAUGAAGAAAGUCACUUUUUUGCUCUUUAUAAAUUGUUCUACUGCCUUCGUGUUGACACAUAUAUAAUUGAUAUUUACCUCAAGUACCUGAGGUGUGUGCUUGUUAAUGGUGACAGCUGCUACGCUGAAGAAUUUUGAAAAGAUCAUUGA